GCGGGUGCCCGGGUGAUGUACGGGCCGCUGACGCCGCCUGUCCCCGCAGGUCCCGGCGAGCCCGCCGCCGCCGGCAGCCUGCCGCCGCUGGUGCGGGGCCCGGCGCGCUGCUGGCUGCGCUGCUCCGUGCCCCGCGUGCUGUGGGCCGGGCCGCAGCCGGCCGCCGUGGUGCGGCUGCGGUGGUGGGGCGAGAGCUCCGGCGGCACCGUGCUGCAGCCCGCCGGGCGGGCCGGGCAGCCCGCGGGCCGCACCUGCGCCCGCUUCGCCGUGCGCUGCGGGCCCCGGCAGCUCGCCGCUUACCUGGCAGAUAUGGGUGUUCUUGUCCUGGAGGUUCUAACCAAGCGUGACCACCUGCCCCUUGGCCGAGCACAGAUCACCAAGCUGUCCCAGCUGUCUCCCAGCCAUCCCAUCAAAGGCUCUUUUGCUGUGGUGUCACCAACAUCGGAUAAACUCGGAGAGCUGCAGGUGUCACUGGUUCUAGAGCCCCUGCCAGAGCUGUAUGACACCAGCAGCUGUGUGCCAGCCACACAAGGAGGUUCAGAUGCUGCUGCCCAGGGAAGCAGCAAGUGCCAGCUUCCUGCUCCAUGCCAGCAGCCCAGGCACACCCAGGUGACUGUUGAACAGGAGUCUGUUGACAGCAGCAAAGCCACAUCUCCUAGAGGAAAGGACCCUUUGCUGUACCACGAGAGCUCUGAAGACAGGAAGGACACCUUUCCUGCUCCUCAGCCCUGUGUGAUUUUGCCAGAUGAACACAUAAAAAUGAGCCCUGAGAGUCAGCCCCAGUCGUUCCCCACCGGCAGCGAUCCCGAAGCGCUUCCCAGACGGAGCACACGGGUGCUCUCCAGGCACAGCCCAGCUACCAAAGACCUGCUCUCAGCUCUCUUGGAUCAAGGCAGUAAACUCCGUGAUGCCAUGGUUGUUUCUGCAAUGAAGUCCAGCCCAGACAUGGAGAUUGAACUGAAUAAAAUAUCUCAUUUUAUAGAGAGAGGCAAUUUUCAAGCACCAACAAAGAGCCCAAAAGGCUUGAAGUCCAGUUUUGUGCCCCCUCCUGAAGAUCCCCAUCCCGUUGGAUCUGAAGUUUCAGGUCAGCAGUUUGACCUAAGCUCUGAAGAAAGAGCAAUCCAGUUACUGUUGGGCAGCGCUGACUUCUCCCCGGGGCAGCUUUGGGAUGGCACGGGCUCCCUGCAGGACUCCCUGUGGGACUCCCUCUCCCUGGGCAGCGAGGGGCAAGACAGUGAGCUGGGGGAUCCCCACUACGACCAGAGCCUGCUGGAGAAGCUCUUCUACACAGCUCCUAAAUCUGAUUCCAGUUUGAGCGAUUUCCUCAGUGACGAUGAUGUUAAAGCCUCAAAAAAAGCAUCCAAGACAGAAACUCUCAGAAAAGCUGGUCCAGUGAAUGCACAGAAGGAUUUUCAUGCCUUUGAUCAGAAUGUGACAGAAACUAAACCCAGCUGCUCUCCCACUGCUCCUCCAGAAGACCACAGAGAAAUGUCUCUUCUCAGAUCCUUGGGUGCAGACAGGUUGGCACUGCUGCAGCAAGUACACCUGGCCAGAGUCACCAUAGAGAGCCUGAAAAUCCCUCCUGAGAGCAUCCAGAUCUCCCCCAGGAGGAAAGGUUUGCUGGGGAAGCCUCCACGGCCCAUGUCUGUCCAUAAGUGCACCUUCUUUGUGGAGUACCACUUCCCUGUGAGAGUCUCCAAGGAUGAAAAGGGACAGGUCUCCAUAGCAACAGAAGCAAUUCGAGUAGCCUCAAGUAAAAUCACAGAUGGUGUGGUGAAGUUCCAGCAGCAGUCUGUGUUCCCUGUGUGGCUGGGGGGAAGGAUGAUGGAGCACUGGUGGGGCUCUGACCUGGCUUUUAAGGUCUACAUGAGAAAAAGCACACAGAAAAAGCCCGUGGCCAUUGGCUCAGCAGCACUUCAGCUCCGCAGGGUGAUUGAGGCUGAGCUGCUCAGUGUCAGCUGGGACAUACCUGUGGAAAAAGAGGGAGAUCACACACAAGUUGGGCCACUAAAGCUCUGCCUUGCCUUGCAGGUGUCCCUGCAGCUCGUGGCCAGCACCACUGCCAGGUCAGCUAGAGCCCCAGCUCAGGCCGUGGCAGGGGCCCAGCUGGGCCUGCAGGAGCCCAGCAGGAGCAGUGGAGAUGCAGGAAGCCCUCUCUGCUCCACAAGGAGCCCCGAGGAGGGCCAGGGGCCAGGAGCGGGCGGCAGGGAGGUGGCGCAGCCGCUGCGCCCCGCGCCAGCCCGGGAGGACUGGGGGGCACACAUCCCCCCAGCUGAGGAGGGGGGCUUGCUGCUGCACGUGCUCCUGAUGGUGCCUGAUGGGAAGGACUUCACUGCUGAAGGCUCUGGGCUGCCCAGCUCCUGCAACGUGUAUUUAAACUGCAAACUGCUCAGCACUGAGGAGGCAACGAGAUCCGCUGUCGUCUGGGGCACGAGACAGCCUGCCUUUAAUUUUUCUCAGGUGAUGCCUUUUUCACUCACCUCCAAACACUUGGAGCGGCUGAAGAACAAUGUCAUGAUUAUUGAAGCCUGGAACAAGCUGGGAAGCCCUGGCUCUGACAAAUUGCUGGGAUUAGUGAAACUCCCUCUGCAUCAGUUUUACAUCUCGUUCAAGGAUGCCAAGGUGUGCCAGCUGCUGCUGCAGGCUCGGUACCCGGUGGUGGCCGUGGACGGCCUGGUGCCCGUGGUGGACGUGUUCACGGGCAGCGCUCGCGGCAGCCUCCGGGUCACCCUGGCCAUGGGAUCUGCUGAGCAGGUGGUGGCCCUGCAGAGGCUCAAGGCUGAGCAGGGCGUGGUGCCUCCCGUCACGCUGCGGCCUCCCCCCUCCCUGGAGCACCCAGCUGCACAGCCCACACUGCAGUUGGACCCAGGAGGGGAGGAGCUGGUGGAGCAUGUGUUUGAGAUCCACGUGGAGAGUGUGAAGGGACUCACUCCCCUGCAGUCCACGGUCUGGGGAGAGGCUGACUGCUACAUCCAGUACCACUUCCCAGUUCAGGAGCCUGGCUGUGGUGCACUGCAAGGACCUGGAUUGCAUGAGGAUGGCAUCACAUUAAAGCCAUUUAGAACAGCUACCACUCUGUGUGUCCCUGAUCCCAUCUUUAAUGAUGAACAUCAUCAUUCCCUCUUGGUUCCUGCUGAUGUCCCAGUCCAGAGGCUCCUGGUCAGUGCAUUUAUGGCACCAGGAGCAGCAGGAGGAGGAAUCCAGUUUGAAGUCUGGUGCAGGUAUUAUUACCCAAAUGUCAGAGACCAGCUGGUUGCCAAAGGGGCCUUGCCUUUGUCACGGCUCUGUGCCAUGGUGACUCUGCAGCAUCGUGAAGAAAUAGGGAUUCAAACUUUUAACCUUCCUUUGGUCCCCCGGAGUGAUUCCUCUGAGGAAUUUCAUCUGCGGUCUUCAGGUUUGCUCGAUGUGAGUGUGAGGUACCAGCGAUCCCUGAAAACAGGAGCUGGAAUAACUGCUCAGGCCGUUUCUCUUUCUGUGCAAAUACACAAGGCAGCUGGUUUGCAGGCAGCAGCCAGGGCUGUGGCCCAGAAGAACCCCUCUGUGCAGUGCUCUGCAGGGCUGGGGGUGAACGCCUUCGUGCGCGUGCUGCCGUCCUUCCUGCCCCCGGCGCAGGCGCGCCGCACGCGGGCCGUGCCCUGCUCCUUCUGCCCAGAGUUUGGCCAUCACCUGCAGUUCCUCUGCCACCUCAUCACGCAGAAGAGCAGUGGAGAAGCCUCUUCUCUGGGGGAGCUCUUGCAGAGUGGCAGUAUUUUUUUCUCCAUCUACCACCAGAGCACCAAGUCAGCCACCAACCAAUUGGCUGACAGAACAUCCAGAGAUUAUCUUCUGGGGACAGUCACGAUCCCAACCAGAGACCUGCUGACAAGAAGAUCAGGUGUUUCAGGCUGGUUCCCAGUGACCCUCUCCGAGGAGCUGCUGCCCCCAGCCUGCAGCACCCCGCUGCAGGCCGUUGUGGGAGGGCUGGAGCUCUCCGUUGCCUUUGCCCAGCAGGGUGACAGGGAGCGUGUUCUGGAGGCUGCCCGGCUCCUGGGGUGGGGCAGCGAGGAGCUCCACGAGCACAGCCAGGACUGGGAGCAGAGUGCCAGCCCCGUGGCUGUCACCAUCUCCACGCCACGGGUGUGGCUGCCACUCCACUGCGUGCUGCUGGCAGGCCAGACACACCUGCACAGGAGCACUCACUGCUACCUCAGGUACAAACUGUACAACCAGGAGCCCACCUGGACGUGGCUGAGGCGGCCAGAACUGAGCGACGACGCAGAGAGUGUCACGGUGAGCUUCAGGAAACCCAGCAAGGUGACUCUCAGAAGGAGCCAGGGGCUGCUGUGGUUCUUCAGGGAGGAGAAGUUAGAAAUCCAGGUGUGGUGGGCGUAUGGCAAGGAGAAGGAGGUGGAAAGACCCCUUGACACAGAUCGUCUCAUUGGAUGUGCCUACGUCGACCUGGCAGCGUUGGCAGAGAGAUCCAGGGGAGCGCUGAGUGUUAGUGGCGUGUAUCCCUUGUUCAGGUGCAACGCUGCCGACCUGGCAGGAGCGGCCGUGCGCGUUCACGUCAGCCUCGGCCCCGCUCCCCCCGCCCUGCCCAGGGCUCCCUGUGCCGAGGAGGGCAGCAGCAGCAGCGAGGGUGGAGGCACGGGGGAAAGCCCUGCUCUGGGCCUGCAGGUCUCUGACAAACAGCAGGUGGAUGUUGAAAGUUCAGGGAUCACCCCUGGCCAGCCGCAGGAAGAAGAUGUGAUGUUUCUGGAAAACACAGUCGCUGUCAGCAUCCUUGUGGAGAGAGCAAUGCAUCUAAGUCUAAAAGGAAGUCCCUUGACAGAGCGUGAAGUGGCAGCCCCCAGCAGCUGUGUGUCGUUUGCUGUUGCUGGAGCAGAUGCUCCAGUCACCACCCCAGUGAUAGCAAAUACAGACUCACCAGUCUGGGACUUCCAGCAGCAAGCAAGAUUAUCCAAAGAGCUUCUCCUGGAUCCACAGCAAACCUUGGUCUUCAAGGUGUGGCAUAAAGCAGAGUCGGAGCGAGUGAUAGGAUUUGCAUCCGUGGACCUCUCUCCUCUGCUCUCUGGCUUCCAGCUGGUGUGUGGCUGGUACAACAUCACCGACUUCAGCGGGCAGUGCCGAGGGCAGGUCAAGGUGGCCGUGUCCCCUCUGCAGGACGUCGGUGCUCUGCGGGAGGAGAGGCAGGCCAGGGCCCGCCGCCCGCCGGGCAGCUCCUCGGUGAAGGUCAGCUUUUCAGCACGUCCUAGUAAUUCUGCAAACUUGUCCAAGCAGAUGUUGAACUCCUUGUCAAAGGAAGUCAGCGUUCCUGCUCAAGAGCAGGAGAGCUUCCCGGCUGGAUUUGGAAUCGAACAGGGGGCUGUUUCCAGCAGGGUGGGCACACAGCCCCCCCGGCACGAGGAGCACAUGCGGAACGUGCGCCGCUUCCACGAGUCCCUGCAGCGGGCCGAGGGCAGCAGGAGCGCGCGGCGGCUCCAGGGACCCCUGCAGGGGGAGGACGGGAACGGGAACGCCUGCCGUGCCAGCCGGGGGGACACGGCACCGGCCCCGCCGGCCUCGCGUGCGGCGCUGCUCACCGCGCUCAGAAAGAACUUGAGCGAGCUGGACGAGGUUCAAAGAUACUUCAGUGAGAAGCUGACCAGGUCUUUUCCUGACUUCAGCACAUCCAGACCAGGCCAUGGGGAGUGGGAGAGUGACCAUCAGGGCUCCCUGGGCAGAGAAGUGGAUCCCAAAGGCUGCCAUCUCUUGGAAAAAUCCAGUCAGUUGGUGUCUCAGGUCAGCAGCCUAAUCAAUGACUUGCAGACUAUAACUCAAAACAGCAAGGCAGCUUCUGAGGUGCAGCAGGAGGGCAGCAGGAAGCUGGGUGCCUUGGAUGUGCCCAGCUGGAAGGAGGGAGGAGGCAGCCCUGCAGCUCCUGAGGGCCAGCUGCAGCUGCCAGGUGUGCCCAGCAUUCCCGGUGACUCGCAGCAGCCGUGCCCUGCUGGCAGAGCCCUGUUUGGGAGACACCUGCUGCACCAGCUCCUGGGCCCCAUUGUCCCCGAGGAGGAGGAUCCAGUGGGUGUUGUCCAGGAAGAUGAAGGUGCUUUUGCCAUCCAGCCACACAGUGAGGAGGAGUAUGAAGAAGAUGUAAUAGAACCACGAGCUCUAAAUGAAAUAACCACCAUGACAGACGGGACGAGCCCCUGGUCCAGCGUGGUCUCUGAAACAGGGCAGGGGGCUGAGCUGCAGCCUCUGGAGGCCAGGCCUGCAGAGCAGCCCUCCAAAGUGGGGUGUUUCCAAGGGGGGAACAGCAGCACCUUGUCCAGCAUGCUGCAAGGGCACAGCCAGAGCCUGCUCAGCGCCCUGAGCCCACCCUUGAGCCCCCUCAUGGGUGGGAACAGCCCCUGGGGAGCAGCAGGAGACUUGCAGGGCUUCCCCAGCAGCACAGGAGCAGCAGCAGGAGAUUUCCAGGGCUUCCCCAGCAGCAUGGGAGCAGCAGCAGGAGAUUUCCAGGGCUUCCCCAGCAGCAUGGGAGCAGCAGCAGGAGAUUUCCAGGGCUUCCCCAGCAGCAUGGGAGCAGCAGCAGGAGAUUUCCAGGGCUUCCCCAGCAGCAUGGGAGCAGCAGCAGGAGAUUUCCAGGGCUUCCCCAGCAGCACAGGAGCAGCAGCAGGAGACUUGCAGGCCAUAAAGAAAAGUGUGGAGCUCCAUGCAGGCUCCAAGGAGCUGCUGCCAUCCCCAGGAGACACGGGUUUGACCGAUCAAAAAGCCACUGAGAGAGAGGAGGAGGAGGAUGCUGAGGCUGUAAAUGGAGAUCAUCAAGGCAAGGAAGGAAGUGGUUCUGAUGAGAACUGUGCUCAGAGUGUAUCAGCCCAAGCUGGCUCGGAAAGAAACAGUGAGAGCUUCCCUGAUGACAGCAGUGAGGACCCAGUGGAAGGCCCAGAAAACCCCAUCAAACAAAAAAUCACUUUAUCUGAUCCUGUGGUAGUUCCCAACUUCUUCCUUCCACCCCAGGAGAUGGAAGCCUCCAUGAGACUGCUCUGCACUUCUUCCUAUCCCUCCACUCCUCCAAAAGGCAGGAGUGGAGCAGUGCCUGGAGGGAUCCCCUACCGAAGAGCCGCUCGUCCCAGGCCCAGCCCCCAGCUCUCAGAGGAGGAGGCCAAGAGAAUCGCCAGGAUCUUCUCUGCUCAGCUCUCCAAGAAGGAAUAGUGCUGCCCAGAGACCCUGCACAGCACAGCUUCCUCAGCCAGGCAUGGGCAGAGCCCCCCUGGGAAGGGGAGGUGGAGGCCACAGCUUUCAGGCUCUGCUUUUAGUUUGCCUAAUUGGUUAGUUAAUUAAGUCCCCUGUUUACAAGGGCUUCAAGCCUGAGGUCACCCACAGGGAGCUGUGUCUUGUAGGGGCAGGUCCCCAGUGAGACCCACCCCUGUGGGUAACCCGUGACCUGCUAUCUGCUCUCCAAGCAGUCCAGUUUUAGGAUUUCUUCCUGUGAAAUGGCCCUUUCAAAAAUAGUUGGUGGGCAGCACAAUUCUCUGUUUCCUCAGGUGCCCAAAGUGCUUGUGUGAAAACAGGCCAAGGGGACCAUAAAAUCUGGUGGGUGUACAAAUGAGGGUGACUAGAAAGAUGAGACUUUUAUAUUUAUAUUUAAAUUAUUUUUGUACACCUUUCAGAGAACAGACUUUGAUGCCAGCAGAGCUCAGUUAUUUUUGUACUGCUCUCCCCAGUGUUUGUUUCAAUAAAAUUCCCUGGUUUCUUGUCA